AUGAGAGAAUCAGCGCUCCCAUACUUCCUCAGGCAGUACGCCAACUCCACCACAGCCUCGGCCGCCCAGUGCGCCAAAGAUCAGCCCGCUGGCUUCGAGAGCGAGACCGGAAAGGUCGACAUCGCCACCGGCUCCAUCGGCAAACACGGGACAGCCCAUGUCCCCGCCACGGGAAAAGAGCGGCCAUCACCGCCCUCCCCUGCGCCGCCAACUCCGGAAGAUGAGUCGGACACUGUAGAAUAG